AGGAAAUGGAAGCGCAGCUCAACUCCACGAGAAAUGGCAGCGACGAAUUUAUCAGGGCCGUUCAUUCUACCAGGAAGAGGACGAAGAAGGACGCUUGGUAACAAUGGACUUCUCUGGCUUCCGUGCAAUUUCAGUGUUCCAUCUGCCAAAACGAGUGGCCAUUAAUCCCCUUCUCUCUCGGGAACAAUUUCUACAAGGAAAUUCUCUUCUUCUGAAAGUGUCUCCAUUCUCUAUGGUUAUAAAUUUCAGAGAGUAGUCAAGCUUUCCGAAGCAAAUUAGUGGGAAAGGAGGAACGUCCUGGGGACAGCAAGAGGAAGCAGCGUCGAAGAAUAGAAAGGGAAUCAGGGAAGAGAAAGAAGGAGGCAUGAAGAAGCCUCACUUCCUCCUGGUGUCCUUCCCAGCUCAGGGCCAUAUAAAUCCGACACUGCAAUUGGCCAAGAUCCUCGUCCGCCUCGGCGCCGCUGCAACUUUCGUUACGCCCCCUAAGGCCUACAGCCGCAUCUCCUCCUCCUUCUCCAUUACCACAACCACCACCACCAUCACUAGUGGGAUCUCCUUUGCAACCAUCUCCGAUGGUACAGAGUCCGGCUCUGGUGUUGACUCCAGCGACCCCAUGUACCCAGCACAGUUCGAGAGCCAUGGCCCCAGCUCGCUCGCCGCCCUCGUCCGCUCUUUCGCCGACUCCGGCCGCUCGGUUUCUUGCAUCGUAUACAAUUUCCUCCUUCCGUGGGUCGCCGACGUCGCCGUCGACCUGGGUGUGCCAUCGGCCCUACUGUGGAUACAACCUUCCGCGGUGCUUGCCGUCUACUAUCAUUUUAUCGUGAAAUCUCCGCACCUGUUCACCGACCUCUCCCAAAAGAUCCAGCUCCCAGGGCUUCCUCCCUUGGCGGCAGAGGAGCUUCCUUCUUUCGUGUUGCCAGACAAUCCUUUUCCUCUGUCAGUUCCCAUAUUUUGCUCCAUGUUCCGUGCCGUCGAGGAAUCAAAAUCCAAGUGGGUGCUUGUGAAUUCCUUCGACGCACUGGAAGAGUGCGUCGUGUCAUCGCUGAAAGAAGUUAACCUUGAUGUCAUUGGAGUCGGGCCGUUGAUCCCGUCGGCUUUCCUCGACAAGAAAAGAAGCUCGGACCAGGACAUGGCAUUCGGUGGCGACUUACACAGCCCCAUUUCCGGCUGCAACGUCAUGCACUGGUUGGACUUGAAGGAAGCUGGCUCAGUUCUUUAUGCCUCAUUUGGUACUCUAGCCAUGCUAUCACCGGUGCAAGUGGACGAGAUUGCGGCAGGUCUCUUGGAAUCCGGCCAUUACUUCAUAUGGGUAGUCCGGUUGCCUGAAAACUAUGGCGGUUUUCCGGCCGGUUUCGACGAGGCGGUGAAGAAGAGAGGUCUUUUGGUGAAAUGGUGUCGACAAGUGGAGGUCUUGGCUCACCCCUCGGUGGGUUGCUUCGUCACUCAUUCCGGCUGGAACUCCACACUGGAGGGAUUGGUUAAUGGAAAGCCGAUGGUGUGCGUGCCCCAAUGGAGCGAUCAACCAACGAACGCCAAGCUCGUGGAGCAGGUGUGGAGAAUUGGAGUACGUGCCAGGAAGAACCAGGAAGGGGUGGUGGGCAGGGAGGAGCUCAAGAGGUGUGUGAAUGUAGUGAUGGGAGAAGAGAGCGGGAAGGAGAUGAGGAAGAAAGCACUAAGGUGGAGGGAGUUAGCUGUGGAGGCCGCAACCGCCGACGGCGGAACUUCGGACCGGAAUAUUCGCACGAUCAUCGGCUAUUUCAAGCCGGAGAAGGAAGACGACGAGAAGAGCAUAGAACAAGAGCCGGAUAUCGCCCGCCUUGAACUGGCAGUUGCGUGAUCCAUCCGGUGUUGGUACUGGCCGUCGAUAUCUGCAAGUUCAACAGGAUGGAUGGCCUUCAUUUCGGCUCAUGGUAGAACUAGGAGCCAAAUAUUGUUCGCGUUUUAUUUUAUGUAAAUUCACUAAUUAAAUAUCAUCAUCCUUUCAUACUUCUCUUUA